AUGCCACCGCUCCUUGCUAGCGCCUGCCCCCUGGCUGAUGGCCAUAAUGAGGCCUUCGGGCCCUCCUUCCAAGUUAUUGCCGAAGUCACAUUGGAAUAUGCUGACCCCGAUGUUCCCGAUCAGGAAAUUGAGUUUGAAUUCAUAAUGGAUUACCACCAAGGCAUUUGUGCCUUGUGUGUUAUGUACCAGAUGGUUUACCUCCUCCCUGGUUUCCUUCCGAGGGCUGUGCCUUGGCACUUGGUAGCGCAGGGGAUGGAAAUCUGUUACGGUGGCCUACAAUGGUCCCUUGAUUGGUAUCAUCCUCUUCGUCAUGAGCUAACCCAUCCUGGGGGCCAUCUUUACUGCUGGUUUACCUUGAGUGAUUGUGAUCCAGCUCCAGAGCCCGUUAGCCCUUCCCUCCUGCGUCCACCUCCGUAG